AUGGAGGGUGGAAAUCCUAUUGCAGCGAUUGUCCAGCCGUCAGCAUUGAGACCUCAUGUCUUUGCGGGUCUGUCGGGAGGUCUCUGUGGUCUCACGGCUUUGAUCGUGACCUUGCGACUCUGGACUCAUUAUACCCAUAUCCGAAAACUUCAUGCGGAUGACUGCUUGAGUGUAGUCGCACUCCUCUUUCUGAUCUGGAAUACAGUCACUUUUUCUCUUCUCAUCAAUGUGCUGAAUUCCGACCCCAACAGCGUCACCAUUGAACAUUUGACACGGCUCGUCGCCGUCGGCAUCGCCUCCGGCAACUGUGCCAUCUACAGUGCCAAAUUACCGCUGCUGUUCAUGUUGAUGCGCAUCUUCGGUAUCAAGAGAUGGCUUCGCUGGACAUGUCAAUUCCUCGUCGUCUUUGGAACCCUCGGUGGCCUCAUUACGCUGUUGUAUGCGGGCAUCUCAUGCAGCCCGAAUCUCCAUCGGCCCACACCGCCGUUCCUCUUCUCCUGCGUAACAGCCCUCACGGAUGCGACUAUUGCACGGGGGUCGAUCUCGUUGGCGAUUGAUGUUAUCGUCUUUAUUCUUCCAAUUCCCGUCAUUGUAGGCCUGAAGAUGCCUCUGCGUCGGAAAAUCGGGCUGAGUCUGGCCUUUACCACCGGUUUGAUUGCCAUUGGUGCGAGUGCCCUGGGUCUUUAUUUCCAAGCGGCGCAAUCUCACCAGUCGUCCACCAACUUUGCCAACGCAUUGCUUGUCACGAUCAUCGAGAGUGCAAUCGUAAUCAUGGUCAGCUGCACACCCGCUCUCCAUAUGUUCUGGACACACCAUGCAGGCCCGCUUCGGAAACAAUUGAACCUCUCGUCUGUCCUGGUGAGUCACAAGUCGAGAGAUUCAACAUCCAAGGUACGCGACAGCGCCGAUUCGGAUUCCAACUCCAACUCCACUGGGAUUACCGUCUCCAAUCAUUACUACGUGGAGCUUGAUGAGCGCGCCGGCAUGGAGAAGUUGUCCGAUGAUCCGAGGUUGCGAUUUAACGAAUUUGUGUAA